AUGUCUGUUUCCCCCCUUAGACUUCACAGCUUUCGGCUGAAUAAUGCUUUCUGCAGGGGAUCAUCCACGGAGUUUCGAUCUCUAAGGGUUAGGGUUAGGGCAGCGACUCAAAUGGAAGCGUCCGGCGGAAAUUCGGACGCUUACAGGGGUGUUUCUUCUACGGCUAGCUCUCCUCAUUCUAGAAGACUUGGAAUGACUUUAACUGCCUAUAGAAUUCUACGAUCCCCAUUGUCCACGUUGUUGGAAUACACUGGUAUUAUAAGGACCAGGUCCACUCAAUCAGAAUCCGACGCUUUAUUAAACACUGGGGCCUCUGUUGGUUAUCGAGAUCACAUGCACUUUCGUCUUGAAGACUCUGCAGUGUCCCCAGCAGCUAAUGUUGGUAGUGGUGAAGGAGAAGUUUCCAUUAGAAUAAUUGGUGCUAGUGAACAUGAGCAUGACAGGGUGGGGAAUGUGUUGCCUUCGUCACCGACAGUUGGCCAGCUGAGUGGGCAAAAUGAAGCCUUUGUGCGGCAGAUUUUAAGGUCAGGUUCUGAGGUUUCAGUGGCGUCGUCGGAGAGUCAAGUGGAUUUGAGGAAUGAUGGUGAGGCAGGGGGUGUUUCGCCCGUGAAUGCAAGUGGUGAUCCCGAGGCUGCUGAGGGAGUUGGGGGUAAUAGAAGGGAUUCUUCUUACCAGAGAUAUGAUAUACAGCAGGCUGCUCGGUGGAUCGAGCAGGUCCUUCCUUUCACAUUGCUUCUGUUGGUAGUUUUCAUUCGUCAGCACUUGCAAGGUUUCGUUGUUACCAUUUGGAUUGCUGCUGUUAUGUUCAAGUCAAACGAUUUUUUACGGAAACAGACAGCUCUUAAGGGUGAGAGGAAAGUGUCUGUUCUCAUUGGCAUUGUUAUUCUCUUCGUGCUUCAUGUGGUUGGGGUUUACUGGUGGUACUGGAGUGAUAAUCUUCUAUAUCCAUUGGUGAUGCUUCCUCCAAAGGCUAUACCACCUUUCUGGCAUGCUCUAUUCAUUAUCAUGGUGAAUGAUACACUGGUCCGUCAGGCUGCAAUGAUCUUCAAGUGCUCUCUGUUGAUGUAUUACAAGAACAGCAGAGGCCGAAACUAUCGUAGGCAGGGUCAAAUGCUGACUUUGGUUGAGUACCUACUGCUGCUUUACCGUGCUUUGCUGCCGGCUCCGGUAUGGUAUCGUUUCUUUCUGAACAAAGAAUAUGGAAGCCUUUUCUCAUCACUGAUGACCGGGUUAUACUUGACUUUCAAACUCACAUCUAUUAUUGAGAAGAUUCAAUCUUUCUUUACUGCCUUGAAAGCAGUGUCCUGUAAAGAUAUCCAUUAUGGAGCUUAUGCAACAUCUGAACAGGUUAAUGCAGCAGGGGAUUUGUGUGCCAUUUGUCAGGAAAAAAUGCACGUUCCAAUCUUAUUACGUUGUAGACACAUAUUUUGUGAGGAUUGCGUGUCUGAGUGGUUUGAGAGAGAACGUACAUGUCCUUUAUGCCGGGCUUUGGUGAAACCUAUGGAUCUCAGAUCAUUUGGUGAUGGAUCUACUAGUCUAUUUUUCCAGUUAUUCUAA